AUGGGCGCCUGCGUUAGAACGAGGGGGACGGAAAGUGACGAGGGCGAAACCGCUUUCCAAGGUCACUGGGAGAGUAAGCGCAGCACGUUAUCAGGGUGCAACAUUGCUCAGAAGAUUCUCGGCGGAGUUCCUGCUAGUUCAACUUGGGGGAAGCCCGAACGUCGUGAGGGCUCCACCAUGGUCUCGACAGCACCUAUUGCUUCUCCAGCAUCCUCAAACAACCCGUGCCGAAUAUUGACGACAGAGAUUUCCUUCGACCACGUCGAAACCAAAGUUGACAGCUUGGUCAUCACUCCAGAGUCAUUGUCAAGGUUACCAGACAAAAGUGAAGGGAGCGGGGAGUUGGAGGAUACAGAAGAAGGCAGCAUUGGCGCAGGGGAUUGGCUGGACGUGACCCAUGCCAUGUUAGAUGCACUCGGACCCGACUGACGAGAGCAUCCUCGCGGAAGACAACUUGGCUCUCGAACUCUGGGAAUAAUGCUCUUUUGAGAAGUGUGUGGUUUGAGCACUGCAAAAGACUUUAUGUCAGUACAGUGUAGUUCCAACUCGAAUUCGGAGUACGAGGUAUUGUCAUCACAGGAGUCUAACGAUUGAAAACAUGUGGCCAUUAUUUUUUUCUGCUGCAGUACUUCUGUGUUUCCGAGAAUGAAUGAUGUCGGAAGGUCGUGCAUUGGCGGGACGGUAGGUGAUGACGGAGAACUCUCGCCCAAAGGCGAGCUCCUUCAUGACAAAUAUCCCGCGGUUUCCGUCGAGCAUUGGGAUUCUUCGUCCACGCACGUAGAGGCGUGAUGCUGCUGAUGCAGUAUUUUCCAGUCAGACAGUGCAGGCGAAGGAUUGACGUGCAAUACUCUCGUUGUAUGCGUACGACAAAAAAUCAACAAAAUUGGUCGUGCGCCCGACCUCUCCGAAAGAGAAACCCCGGAACAUGUUUUUCAGUGAGUCCAAAGUACUGUAUUUGGG